UCGUCCAAUAGAACUUGAAAGGGGCGGGUUUUGUACACUACAGUCAUUCUAAGGAGGAACUGGACUACUGGCAGCGAAUGCAGACAUGUGUGGAAUCUUUGCCUACCUGAAUUACCAUGUGCCGCGGACUCGCCGCGAGAUCCUGGAGAUCCUUCUCAAAGGACUGCAGCGCCUGGAGUACCGCGGCUACGACUCGGCCGGUGUGGGGAUUGAUGGAGGGAACAGCAAGGACUGGGAGACCAAUUCCAGAUCUAUCCAGCUGAUCAAGCAGAGGGGCAAAGUGAAGGCUCUCGAUGAGGAGAUCCACAAGCAGCAGGACAUUGACCUGGACGUGGAGUUUGACGUUCACCUGGGCAUCGCCCACACCCGCUGGGCCACCCACGGCGUCCCCAGCCCAGUCAACAGCCACCCGCAGCGGUCCGACAAGAGCAACGAGUUCAUUGUUAUUCACAAUGGAAUCAUCACCAACUACAAAGACCUGAGGAAAUUCCUGGAGAGCAAAGGCUACGAGUUUGAAUCCGAGACCGACACCGAGACCAUCGCCAAGCUGGUGAAGUACAUGUACGACAACCGGGAGAGCGAUGACAUCAGCUUCGCCACCCUGGUGGAGCGAGUCACCCAGCAGCUGGAAGGAGCCUUCGCCCUGGUCUUCAAAAGCGUCCAUUACCCAGCAGAGGCUGUGGGCACCAGGAGAGGUGGUCCCUUGCUCAUAGGAGUGCGCAGUGACCACAAGCUGUCUACGGACCACAUUCCUGUCCUGUACCGUUCAUCUGGUAAAGACAAGAAGCCCUGCAUGCCCCGCAUGGACCAGGACACCUGCCUCUUCCCUGUGGACGAGAAGGCUGUGGAGUACUACUUUGCCUCCGAUGCCAGCGCCGUGAUCGAGCACACCAACCGCGUCAUCUUCCUGGAGGACGACGACGUGGCGGCGGUGACGGAGGGGCGCCUCUCCAUCCACCGGAUCAAGCGCACGGUCGGGGACCACCCCGCCCGCGCCAUCCAGACCCUGCAGAUGGAGCUGCAGCAGAUCAUGAAAGGGAACUACAGUUCCUUCAUGCAGAAGGAGAUAUUCGAGCAGCCGGAGUCUGUAGUCAACACCAUGAGGGGGAGACUCAACUUUGAUGAUAACACCGUGAUUCUGGGCGGGCUGAAGGAUCACAUCAAGGAGAUCCAGAGGUGCCGGCGUCUCAUCCUCAUCGCCUGCGGCACCAGCUACCACGCCGGGGUGGCGACUCGCCAGGUGCUGGAGGAGCUGACCGAGCUGCCCGUCAUGGUGGAGCUGGCCAGCGACUUCCUGGACAGAAACACGCCCGUUUUCCGUGACGACGUCUGCUUCUUCAUCAGCCAAUCAGGCGAGACGGCGGACAGCCUCAUGGCCCUGCGGUACUGCAAGGAGAGGGGCGCCCUCACGGUGGGCGUCACCAACACCGUGGGCAGCUCCAUCUCCCGGGAGACCGACUGCGGAGUGCACAUCAACGCCGGGCCCGAGAUCGGCGUGGCCAGCACCAAGGCGUACACCAGUCAGUUUGUGGCUCUGAUCAUGUUUGCGCUGCUCAUGUGCGACGACAGGAUCUCCAUGCAGCCGCGACGCCGAGAGAUUAUCCAAGGUCUCAGAGUGCUGCCAGACCUGAUUAAGGAGGUGCUCAGUCUGGACGAUGAGAUCCAGAAGCUGGCGGUGGAGCUGUACCAGCAGAAGAGCGUGCUGAUCAUGGGCCGGGGGUACCACUACGCCACCUGCCUGGAGGGAGCCCUGAAAAUCAAGGAGAUCACGUACAUGCACUCGGAGGGCAUCCUCGCCGGAGAGCUGAAGCACGGCCCGCUGGCGCUGGUGGACAAGCUGAUGCCCGUCAUCAUGAUCAUCAUGAGAGACCACACCUACACCAAGUGCCAGAACGCCCUGCAGCAGGUGGUGGCCCGCCAGGGCCGACCCAUCGUGAUCUGCGAUAAGGACGACUACGAGACCAUAAAGAACUCCAGCCGCACCAUCAAUGUGCCGCACUGUGUGGACUGCCUGCAGGGCAUCCUGAGCGUCAUCCCCCUGCAACUGCUGUCCUUCCACCUGGCUGUGCUGCGGGGCUACGAUGUGGACUGCCCAAGGAACCUGGCCAAGUCUGUGACUGUUGAAUGAAGCCUCACCUUGACCCCACCCCCACCCCACCUCACGCCGUUUCAACUGAUAUAUCUGCGGCUCCACCCCAGACAGCUACUCUCAUGCAAAUAUCAAGAUUGUGAGGGGAAAAAAAGAAACCCUUUUUCCUGUUUUAUAAAGAGGCUUUUAUCAUGGCCAUUUUUAAUGCAAACCUCAAAUUCCUAUUCUAUCUGAAUGUAUACUGAAAUCUCUCUUUACCCUAAACCUGUAUCUGAAGGCAUUGUUCUAUUAUGUUUUUAUUCAUGUUGUUUUGUCAUUGGUGGUGAGUUAUGGGCUGGCUUUUUGGCUGUGUUUUUUAGGUUUUAUUUUAUGUAUAUAUGUUUUUUUUUUGGGGGGGGGGGGGGAUUUGCCUCACCGAAACACUUUCCGGAAAGUUUAUGAAGUGCAUGGUCAUAUUCUGAAGCUGUUUGCUAAGGUUCAUGCAUAUACGUAGUGGGAUACGUGCUUACUCGUAUGGGUUAGUCAGUCCCCACACAGAGCACUGUCCAUGCCAUUGACACGAUAGCAGAUAUGCAGACAUGCACUGCUGCCGAGUGCCCGCUUUGUAGGAAGAACAGCUACACGCAGCUUUUCAAUGGUAAUGCUAUAGACGCGUCAUAGAAACUCUUGUGAAAGUUAAUCCUGUGCGGUGACUCGGAUAUCGUAGCAAUCUGUUCUGAGAUGCUUAGGAGGUUUUGAAGGAUCGAUUGCAUAUUAGAGACCAUAGUUUAGAAAAACCAAUCUUGCGAACCAAAAGGAGUUAGUCCAUUGUAUUGGGUUAGGUUUGAAUGCAUUCUGAACUUUUUUUUUUUUUCCCCCUGGUUCUGGUGAGUCUGCCAGGUUAACCGUGGUCAUGAACUCUACUGUAUGUACACUUUCUUUCACCAUCAGGUGAAGAUUUUGUCUGGUGUUGUAGAAAACUUGUCUGUUUCAGGCUGUCUGUGAAGUGGUCAUUUUAACAUAAUUCUCCAUUUGUUGAGCUUGUCCAUAAUUACAAAUUUUCUUGCGGAAGGAGAACCGAUUAUGAAAAAUAAUUUGCCUUUUUUUUUCCAAAUUUGUUUCUGUGCUGAAAUUUUUUCUCUGUACAUAUUUUAUAUAUACAGAAAUACUGCUUUCUUUCUCUUGAAUCAAACUGCUUAUCUAGAGAAGCUCAAUGCUGGUGUAAUUCUGGAGUUUUCAGAAGUAGAGUGCUGUUUUACCUUCUUGGCUACAAUCAAAACAGCAGUCAAGUCUAUUGAUAUUUAGACAUAAUGUUGCAGAAUUCUGUGCACAGCUAAAGUCUGAGAAGAAUGUGAACCUUUUUUCCUCCUUUCAGGAAAGUGCAUAGUUACACACAUACUGACACACCUGCCCAGAAAUGCUUCCAGUGCCUAAUCAUGUAACUGAUUUCUUAGCAGAAGAUGAUACUUAUGGAUCAUGUGCACGUAUGUAAUGAGUGGAACUAGAACCGGCUAGUUUAGGGGUCGUCAGGUGUUUGAUGUUACUGUGAUUACUGUCUGCACUAUAUAGUUGUGUUUUAGUCAGUCGCACUGCUCAGUUGUUACUUCCUUUUAUGCAUUUAUUUCUUGUUUAGUUACUUUAGUUUCUUUACGUUACUUUGCCUUGUUUUAGAGGGGGUCCCAUUUAUUAGGGUGCAGCCUUCAGUUUACAAAUGAAGUACCUUUAUGUUACUGGCUGGGGCAUGGAGAUUUUCAGUAGAAAGCUUGCCCAUACUUGCCUGUGCCAUCAAGUUGUUUUUCUGUUUUUUUUUGUUGUUUUUUGUAAUCAUGGGACCAUUAUUUUGUUUUUCAUUUCUGUGUCAAUUUUCUUUAUUUGUAGUAAUUGUGUGUUUUUGAUUGUUACAAGCAAGAUAGCCCCCUGGCAUAGUCCUCUGAUCAACUGGAUGGUAACCAUACAUAACGGCAGUUGGUUUUUAUGGGGUGUAGUAGUUUUGGGUGUUGGGGUGAGUUAGGGGGUGUUAAUAGUUGCACCGAGAAAUUUCAAAGAAACACACAGUGGGAUGCUGUAAGUUUGUUAUCCAAAGCAGCUGCUAUUAUAGGGGGGGAAUUAAUGUUAGUGUGAUAUCUGUAAGGCCCAGGGAGUGUACCUUUUGCACUAAGGUCACAAGCAAAGCCACAUUGGUUUGCAUGCCAGGACCCCACUCUUUGACAUCAUUUACAGUGUCCAAAAAUGGGCCUUUUGUUUUUGCAUGUGGUUGCAAGACAUAAUAAAUGCUGGUGUAUGUAGACAUCUUAAAACAUUUCAUUUCUUUUUUUCAUGAAAUUCUUUUUCAUUAUUCCAGUGUGUUUGUGAAUCCGUCCUGUAGGAGAAAUUAGAUGCAGUUUUAAUAUGCUUUGUGUGCCAAUCUGUGUGACCUUAGCACAAAGGAUAUUCAUUAGAUGUUUCGGUUAGCAGAGCAGGGCAUGCAGAAGAGAGCUCUGGUGUUUAGACUGGGUACUAAACUGGUUUCCGUAGAGUAGCCGAAGUGUCAGAGUUUGAGUGCUUUGAAUUCUGUUUUAAAAGCUCCUGCAGAAAAUGAACACAGCCUUUGAUGUCUGUCUGGAUGAUAACAAUGCUUAUCUGUCCACCUCUUUGGUUCACUCAGUACAUACUGUAUUCAUGAUAGUGCAGUCGGGUAACUGCAAUGUCAGAUUUACCUCGGUUGACGGUGUCCUUAUUGAACACCAUUCCGUUUCCUGAUGAAGAGAAGAUGGGGGUUGUAUUAUUACAACAGAUGCAAUAAAACCAGUUCCUUCCUUU